AUGGAAUAUUUUGUGUGCACAAAUUUUUACGAUGUAAAUAUUCUAGACUGGCUAAUUUCUCAAAAGAAUUUUCCUGGAAACCACCAUUCACCUCAAAAUGCUAUUAAUGUCUUUAAAAAAACUAUUUCAUCCUUUUACAAGAGUGAACAUGAGAAGAAAACGUUUAUAAUCAGUAAAUUACAG